UUCCGUUGGCUUCUCCGAUUCGACUCCAGCUGCCGACGUUGUGUCGCCGAUGAUGGUCACCGGAGGAGCUUGGUUACCUUCUGACCACGCCCUUGCGACCGCUACAGAUGCGGUUGCUUUCUUCUCGUCGCCUCCUUCGCCGUCCGUCUGACCGGCAUUUACCAUUGAUUUUGAAUUUCCGAUGCUGCCUACUGCUUUGUUGGUGUUGGUAGCUCGGUCUCCAACCACCGCUGCCGCCGUUGCCCUGCUCCCAUUACUCCGAGUUCGGUUCUGCCUGUUCUUUUUUAUGUCUUCCCACCAGUCGGGAAACCCAUGGAGGUGGAAGCAAGUAUCUACUGUGUGCUUUUUUCCUCCGCAGUGGCUGCAGGUCAGCCUGCUUUUGUCGGAAUUUGUGGAGGAUUUGGGUGGCGGUGGUGGUCUGCUUCGGUCAAUUGCUGCUAAACCGACUCCUAUGCCGGUCUCCCGUGAGUCGCCUGAGGGUUUUAGGACCCGUUCAUUGGCUGAUUCGCGCCUCACCAACCCAUAUGCGCUUCGCACAGCUUGCCGGUGUAAAUCUGAAACUUGGAAAGGAUCGGUUCCGCUCCCGUAUGUGAUGGCCAGACCUUCCCAUAGGUCUCGAGCCGUCGCAUAUUGCGAAACUUCGUUGAUGAGAUUGGCUUCGAUAUUGUUUAUAAUCCAGUUGAAGCAGCAGUUAUCUCUCUGCUCCCAUUUCGGAUAUCCAGCGUCACUGAUUGCAGGGGGUCUGUAACUCCAUUUAUGUGAGAUGACAGACCCUUUGCCCCGAUUGCUCGUUUCAUCAGGGUCGUCCAAACGGAGUAGUUGUCUCCGUUGAGUUUGCUUUGAACAUGUACCUCCCCCAAUGAUUCGGGUUGAGUUGAGGGUGGAGGUGGUGGUGGCUGAUUUUGGGUUUUUGGUUGGGCAUUAACUUGCCUAAGGAACUCUGCUAAUUGUGCAGCAAAUUCUCCUGAAAAAUUCAUCAAGGUUUGGUUGGUGUUUGUAGCUUCUGAGUCAGAUUCUGACAUGGCUUAUUUUCUGAUUUCUGCAGGUUUUAAAAGGGGUCGGGAAAGGUAUCUCCGGGACGAUGAUGAGAACUUUCUGAGUCCCACACCGUUGCAACCUGCUCUGAUACCAUCUUAAAGAUGGUAAUCGAGAGAGGCAUUGUUUAGAAGAUAAACCAUGGUGGCAAAGGUUGUAGAGAAAAGGAUUCUAUUGUAUUGUUUCUGUUAUAUUUUAGAAGAUACAAGAUACUCCCUUUUAUAGGGGAAAAUACAACUCUAGGAACUACCACUAAUUAAUUGUACCUAGGUAAA